GCUCUCAUCAGCCUCUGGCCUGCCAUCUCCUUGAAUCCUAACACCAUGCCUUCAAUUAAGUUGCAGAGUUGUGAUGGAGAGAUAUUUGAAAUUGAUGUUGAAAUUGCGAAACAAUCUGUGACUAUUAAGACCAUAUUGGAAGAUUUGGGAAUGGAUGAUGAAGGAGAUGAUGAUCCAGUCCCCUUGCCAAAUGUUAAUGCAGCAAUAUUUAAAAAGGUCAUUCAGUGGUGCACCCACCACAAGGAUGAUCCUCCUCCUCCUGAGGAUGAUGAGAGCAAAGAAAAUCGAACAGAUGAUACCCCUGUUUGGGAUCAAGAAUUCCUGAAAGUUGACCAAAGAACACUUUUUGAGCUAAUACUGGCAGCAAAUUACUUAGACAUCAAAGGCCUGCUUGAUGUUACCUGCAAGACUGUUGCCAAUAUGAUCAAGGGGAAAAUUCCUGAGGACAUUCGAAAGACAUUCAAUAUCAAAAAUGAUUUUACUGAAGGAGAGGAAGCCCAGGUACGCAAAGAGAACCAGUGGUGUGAGGAGAAGUGAAACUUUGUGUCUGAUACUGUAACACUGUUAAGGAUUGUUCCAAAUACUAGUUGCACUGCUUUGUUUAUAAUUGUUAAUAUUAGAAAAACAGUCCACAAAUGCAGCAGCAAAUCAGUUGUAUUAGCAGAAUGUUGUCCUCACUGCAUGUGUAGUUUCAGUACAGAUUCCAAACUUAUGGCUCAGUUUCUUCUAGUAUGACCAAAAGUUCUUUUUUCUUUGUUCUGAAUAAAAUUGAACUGUGGGUUCUCUAUAGAAAGUGGCAUUUUGGGCUUUCCCUCUUUUUGUAAAGCAAUUUCUGCCUAGUUUAUU